UCUGCCUCGGGCGCCACAAUAAAAUUCUCCCCGAGAGUUCGAGACUGCGUUUUCUGAGAGUAUUCAGGAGGUGUGUAUCCGUAUUCAACUAGGAAACUCUUUCGAAAAUGUAUAGAGAUGGAGAAUAUGAAGACGAGGAACAAUUUCGCCAAAGGAAGCUCGAAGAAGCACUGGAAGUCAAGUCUCUCAGGCGGAUCAUCAGUGCCUACCUCAACUAUCCAGAUGCUGCGGAAGAGGAUGUCAAAAGAUAUGAAAGAUCUUUCCAAAAGCUUCCACUAGCCCACAAGGCUUUGCUCUCCCAUUAUCCUCAGAAGUUUCAAAGACUAAGAAGGUGCAUUGCUACAAAUACAUAUUUCAUUUUUGGUAUGCUUCAGGAAUUUGAACCUCCACUUGAUAUGAGCCAAGACAUGGAUAAUUGUGAGGAUCCACAUCUUCAAUGUGCUCCAACUGAUCGCUGCUCUUCUGCACAAAUGAAUAAUAUUUCUUGUCAGUCUGCCUCAACUGGUGAAAGAACAUGUUCUACCAAUUGUCCCAGAUCUGAACAAGCUCCACUUGGAGAAGGAACCAAUGAGGUGCAAAUUAAUGGUCUGCAUGACUCUGGUCCUGAGAGCUCUCCUUCCAGCUUGGAGAAAAUGAAAGAGGCAGAUAAAUGUGGUGGAGAUCAGGUCUCUUUUUCUCAUGAUUGGUUAGAUCCAUCACUUCAGUCACAUGUGCCUUUAGUUGACGUUGAUAAGGUUCGCUGUAUUAUAAGGAAUAUAGUUAGAGACUGGGCAGCAGAGGGACAGAAAGAACGUGAUCAGUGCUACAAGCCUAUUCUUGACGAGCUUAAUGCCGUAUUUCCUCAUCGCAGCAAGGAAAACCCUCCUUCCUGUUUAGUACCCGGCGCUGGGCUUGGGAGGUUGGCCUUGGAGAUAUCAUGUCUUGGUUUUGUGAGCCAGGGAAAUGAGUUCUCAUACUAUAUGAUGAUAUGCUCAAGCUUUAUUCUGAAUAAUACACGCACUGUCGGGGAGUGGACAAUAUAUCCUUGGAUUCACAGCAAUUGCAAUUCACUUUCAGACAAUGACCAAUUCCGCCCUGUAUCAUUUCCAGACAUUCAUCCUGCGAGUGCUGGGAUUACGGAAGGGUUUUCUAUGUGUGGUGGUGAUUUUGUUGAAGUCUACAAUGAUCCAAGUCAUGUAGGAGUUUGGGAUGCUGUGGUCACUUGUUUCUUUAUUGAUACGGCACACAACAUUGUUGAAUACAUUGAAAUCAUAUCGAGAAUAUUGAAAGAUGGGGGAGUUUGGAUAAAUUUGGGACCCCUAUUAUAUCACUUUGCAGAUAUGUAUGGCCAAGAAGAUGAGAUGUCCAUUGAACUGAGUUUGGAAGAUGUGAGGAGGGUUGCUUUGGAUUAUGGAUUCCAAUUUGAGAAGGAAGAAACCAUUGAGACGACGUACACUACAAAUCCUCGAUCCAUGAUGCAGAAUCGAUAUUUUACCGCAUUUUGGACAUUGAGGAAACUUUCAUCAAAGAAGGAUGCAGCUCACUAAAUGCAGCUCAUUGUUUUUACAAUCAUUCUUUCUUCAUUUUAUUGUUGUGUAAGUUAUUUCCCCAUUGUUUAAGUUGUGCGAUACUUCUCAUCA